GCAAUCAUGGAUCCUCAGCAAAGGUGUUUGUGGGGUGUGCUGUGCCUGACCUUGGUCGCCCUCGCGCACGGGGCACCACUCCAGUCUCGCCUAGGAUCAGACAGGCUGCAGAGCCAAGCCCCUCUGUGUGGCUCGUGCAGGUGGCUAGUCAAGUCAGUGAAAUGCGAGCUCUCCGAUGUAGACACACAGAGUGAGAUUAUUGGCAUGAUCCUGAAGGAUGUUUGCCCCAAGCUUCCUGCUGAUGCGCAAGAGGCAUGUGGUCAGCUCGCACCUUCUCUGAUCCCACUGGGGGUCAUGUAUAUCCAGUCACUGUCAGCGAACGAGCUCUGCGCGGAUGCCACCCUCUGUGGUGCUGCACCACCAUUGAGCAAGACUGCCAGAUUCGGAGUUGGUCAGCAGAACGACUUCAACUGCCCGAUUUGCAAGAUGCUCUUGAUCACCCUCAAGCAGGAGCUGAAGAACCCCGAGAGCGAGAAAGAAAUGAUUGAUCGUGCUCAUCAGGCUUGCAAGACACUGCCAAUUGACUGGCAGGCACCCUGCACAGCUUACGUGGACCAGUUUGGCGAGCAGCUCUUUGCAUACAUUGAGACCCUCGACGCCACGACAAUCUGCACCAACUUCGGUGCAUGCCUGCCGAGCCAGCUGUACUCCAACAUGACCGUGCCAUCGCUGCCCCUGUCUCUUGUUGCUAAGGCUGCAGACCUUCGCAUCCGUGCCCAUGAGCUGUCGGCCACCAACGAUUUCUGUGACACCUGCAAGAUGGUCGUCACUGAGGCCGCUGCAAUCCUGGGCAACCUGGACACCCAGAAGCAGAUUCUGGAGUAUGCAAAGGAGGCCUGCCAGGCGUUUGGCCCCAACUUCAAGGACCAGUGCCUGAACUAUGUAGAGCUGUAUGGCCCACUGGUCGUCAACAUGAUUGUGCAGUACCUCAAGCCUCAGCUGUGCAUUGACGCCGGCUACUGCCCGCAGCCCACCAGCCUGAAUGGCCUGAUGCGCUCCGUCUGAUAUGUCAGCCUUGUAGUGUCUUCAACUGUCGCCUUGCGAAUGUAUCCAACCCAAUUACCGCUGCAUGUAGUGAUUUUUCAUGUACUCUUGUGUACUAUUAUGUAGACCCUUCUUGGCCCGUGCAUCUGCUGUUGAAGCCAAGUGGCGAUCUGGGAUAGUGUAGUAUUAAGCCAUGAUCAUCUGCUCAGAUGAGUGAUGUGAUGACAUGCAAGCCUUGCACUCAUUCUUGGCAGUGAUGACACACGAAGGCACCUUGUAGACCUGAUAAUGCUGUAAGAGCUCUUUGUAUC